GGGGACCGGGGUGGGUGUAGUGACUGUGUUGUGCUGAGGGAGGGUUGGGGUAAUGGCGGAGUACUCGCGGGUGAAGAGCACGAAGCUGGUGCUGAAAGGAGUGAAAAGCAAAAAGAAGAAAAAUAAAGGCAAAAGGAAACGAGAAGCGGAUGAGGAGGACGCAGUUGACAUUGUUGGAGGAUGGUGGGCAGUCCAGGGUUUUGGAUCAAUCACAGGAACUGUGGCGAUAGAGAUGGGCAAAGGGACCUUCAUCCAUGCCCUUGACAAUGGUCUUUUUUCUCUUGGAGCACCACAUAAAGAUGAUGAAGGCCCAGAUCCUCCGGAGCAAUUCACUGCAAUUAAGUUGUCGGACAGCAGAAUAGCACUAAAGUCUGGCUAUGGAAAAUAUCUGGGAAUAAAUUCCGAUGCAGUAGUUAUUGGACGAUCAGAUGCAAUUGGGUCAAGAGAGCAGUGGGAGCCAGUUUUCCAGGAAGGAAAGUUGGCGUUGAUGGCUUCAAACAGCCGCUUCAUCUCCUGUAAUGAAGAAGGUGACAUUGUGGCAAAACAAAAAACCGCUGGAGAGGAAGAGAUGAUAAAGAUCCGUUCCUCUGCUGAAAUUGAAAGAAAGAAGAAAGAUGAACUUAUAGAGGAAGACAAGGGCAAUGUGAAGCAGUGUGAAAUCAACUAUGUAAAAAAGUUCCAGAGUUUUCAAGAUCGGAAACUGAGAGUAAACGAGGAGGACAGUAAAAUGCUGAAAAAAGCCAGGGAAGAUGGUACUUUCCAUGAGGCUUUACUAGAUAGGAGAGCCAAGAUGAAAGCUGAUAGAUACUGCAAAUGAAGUGAAUUAAUAUGUUUUUUGUUUAAUUGAAUCUUUUAAGGAUUUAUUUUUCUGUGGUGCUUGGUGAGCAGAUAUUGCUGCAGAGCCAGCAACAUUCAGUGUUUGUAUAUAUGUAACUUAAAACAACCCAUUUUUUUAAAAAAAGUUCUGAGGACUUUUGGUGUGCUUGCAUAUACAAUUAAUGUUGUUUUUAAUUUCUGCUGUAUAAAUAGAUUUUAUAUUCAGGUGCAACAUAUUACUUGAAUGAAUAUGACAUUCUGUAAUGGAGAUACUUAGAGGAAUAGGGAAGAAAAAGUAACAGCUGACUUCUGGCCCCAAUGCUAAAUCCACACAAACGCCUUCCUGUGUAGUUGUAUGUAAAAUAUCUGCAAGUGGUUUCACUGUUGACGAUCUUAUUUCAUACUGGAUUUACAUAAAGUGAAAUCCUCUGUGUCCUACAUCUUAUCUAAUGUAACUUUAAAAUGCAAAAUAAAAUCCUCUGCAUGUGAGAAA